GCUCUGAAUAAUUCAAGCCCCGUUCCCUUCUCCUACACUGCUAUCAAGAUGCCGGCCGUACAUCACAAACUGCUCCUGGAGGACGCUUUACAGGACAGUCCUCAGACUCGCUCUUUGCUCAGUGUGUUUGAGGAAGAUGCUGGGAUGCUUACAGACUACACCAACCAGCUGCUACAAUCGAUGCAGCGGGUGUUUGGAGCUCAGAGUGAGAUGGGAUUGGCCACAGAGCAGCUCUCACAGCGACUUCUGGAGUAUGAGAAGAAAAAUUUUGCCCUUGGAAAAGGUGAUGAAGAGGUAAUCACCACGCUGCAGAACUUUGCCAAAACCGUGGGGGAGCUGAACUCGCUCCACUCUGAGUUAGCCAACCAGAUGGCUGACAGCAUGGUUUUCCCCUUGAUCCAGUUCCGAGAGAAAGACCUCACAGAGAUAAGCACACUGAAGGAAAUAUUUGGCAUCGCCACUGAUGAGCAUGAGGCAGCUAUGGUCAAGUACAGCCGGUUGCCAAAGAAGAAGGAGAAUGAGAAGCUGAAGGCAGACAUGGUGAAGGAGGUGGCCUACACCAGAAGGAAGCAGCACCAGGCCUCCCUGCAGUAUUACUGCGCCCUUAAUGCCCUGCAGUACCGCAAGAGAGUAGCUAUGCUCGAGCCUAUGCUGGGCUACACUCAGGCACAGAUCAGCUUCUUCAAGAAAGGCAUUGAGCUGGUGUCAAAGAAGAUGGACAAUUUUCUCUCCUCUGUGUCCAACAUGACACAAAGCAUCCAGGCCCAGCUGGACUCUGAGGCGGAGGCCAUGCGUGUGUGCCAGAGGGAGCUUCUGUCUGUGGAAGACACCGUCUACAUGCCAGAUAAGGACAGUGAGCCUGUCAAUCGCACACUCAUCCAGAAGGCUGGCUACCUCAACAUUAGAAAUAAAACAGGCCUGGUGACCACAGCCUGGGACCGACUAUACUUCUUCACCCAGGGCGGGAACCUCAUGUGCCAGCCACGUGGGGCCGUGGCAGGGGGCAUGGUGCUGGACCUGGACAACAGCUCCGUAAUGGCUGUGGAGUGUGAGGAUAGACGCUACUGUUUUCAGAUAACCUCCCCCUCAGGAAAAACGUCAAUGAUUCUACAAGCUGAGAGCAAAAAGGAAUAUGAAGAAUGGAUUUGCACUGUGAACAACAUCUCCAGACAGAUCUACCUGACUGACAACCCAGAGGCUGUGGCCAUCCGACUAAACCAAACCGCCAUCCAAGCAGUCACCCCCAUCACCAGCUUUGAGAAGAGACAAGAAGGCUCGCCCAACCCUGACAGAGCAAAGCCAGGAGGUGUAUACGCUAGUGGUUCCCAGAAAAGUGGUGCUGCUCCGGAACCAGAGGACCUGAUAGCCCCCGGGACACCCAUUCAGUUUGACAUCAUGCUGCCUGCCUCAGAGUUUCAGGACCAGAACAGAGCCGGAGGAAGACGCACAAAUCCAUUUGGAGAAACAGAUGAUGACUGUUCAACAGACAGUGACGAUUCCCUCCUGCAGCAGGUAUUCGCUGUACGCUUCCUGGGCUCCAUGGCGGUUCGCUGUGGCAACAAUCAAGAGGUCAUCUACGAGGCCAUGAGGCAGGUGCUGGCUGCCCGAGCCAUCCACAACAUCUUCAGGACCACAGAGUCUCACCUCAUGGUCACCAGCAGUAGCAUCAGGUUGAUUGACCCACAGACUCAAGUUACGAGAAUAAGUUUCCAGCUUGGGGAGGUGUGUCAGUUUGCAGCCCACCAAGAGAACGGGAGGCUGAUGGGAUUCGUGGUGGAAAGCAGAGACUGGAGCGACGGAGAUGAGGAGGGAGAGCCUUCCUUUAGCACCUUUGUCUUUGAGAGCAACACAGAAGGCGAAAAGAUAUGUUACACCAUAAACUUGGCGAAGGACAUUACAGAAGCUAAGAAGGACCCAGAGGCCCUGGCCCAGCUAAUGAAGAACAUGCCUCUAACCAACGAUGGCAAGUUCCUGCUCCUGGAGCCUGAAACGGGCGACACGACCAACGGAGCAGGACAAGAAGAUCUGGAGUCGGAGGCCUAGCUCCAGUUAGGACCAAAAAAGAAAAGCAACAACAGGAUCACAGUCCGACUUUUGCCCAGGAGGGAACAGUUUCCCUGGAUAAAGACCCCUAGCCCUAACUCUGGUACUGUAACACCGAGACUAGACAGCGUAGUUCACCUCCACUGACCCUGUGUUACUACUACUUCAUCUCUUUUUGCUGUGCUAAAAGCGGAAGACGCUGACAGCAGGUUGGCUAUGCGCUUCAUUAGAUAUGCUUUUCCAUGGUAUCACUUGUAGCACGGGUCUUUGGAUUUGGAGUUUUGUCAUUGUUUUUAACACCACUGUAGGUGGCAUGCACAUCAAAAGGGACAUUACAUAGGUACUGGUUGUGUUUCAUUGUUUUCUAAUAUCCCCGUCCACCUAACAGAAGGUGGUGAAUCAUUCGCUUCAGUUUAGGUUUACAUUUAUUUUAGGUUUACAUAGUUUGAAGUGUUUGUGUUUGGAGAGUUUAAUCCUUUACUUUGACUUGUACGUAAGGCUCAUAUGCAACUACUUUGGUGUUUAUUUCUUGAUUAUUCAUGUACAAGAAAAGAAAAAAAAUUGCACUUCCAAGGGUUGUAUCUGUUUAAUAAUAACACCUGAUGUGUAAAGAAUGCACAAAUUUUGAAGGAUUUAAAGACAAUGAAGGACUUAAAAAGUAGGUUAGGACAAUGUCAGCUCCUUUUUCCAGAGCAGUUAGUGCAUAGUGUGCUAUUAUCGAUAUCCUAGCAGAUCAUUUGUGUCUUAAAGCACACAGGACACAGUCGGCAUGAGUGUUCUUUCUGCCCUCCUGCCCUGACUAUCGUUAGCGUUCCCUCUAAACUGAAUUACUGUUAUGCUACCAACUGUACAAAACAAGUCUUAAGAUUAUCUCUGUCAGUUCCUCAUUGAGCAGCCCAAAAACUACUUUGUGCUCCUUCUCUUUAAAGUCUGUAAAUAUGAUCUCUCCGAGUGUCUAUACAAUGUUUAAUCAGAGUCAAUAUGCUAGGUCUGCUGCGGUGCAUGAUUAAAUAAUGCUGCUCUCUCUUGUUCCCUUUGCAGAAGAUUAAAGUCUCUACUCUCGAGCACUGAGCUGUUAUACUAAAAAAGAAAAAAAAAAAAACAACUGAAAUGUCACAGUAACGCAUGAAGGCAGACCACAGUGGGGUAUCAUGCACUCAUGGAAAAGCAAUUUUGCUCCUCGCUCAUACAUAUGAAUGAUAAUCCAAGCAAUGGGAAAGUGAUCUGUGAAAUUCUUCCUUCCCUCUGCAUCCCGGUGCAGGUCCGUUCCGUUUCGACCCGUCCGAGCCGCAACACUAAUCUCGGUGGACAGUGGAAGCCCAUGUAUUGUGUCAGUGUGACAUGUUUUGUACAGAGGAGGUCAAAGAAAGUGACUUGGCGUUGAACGUUGUGUUGACCAGUGCGUUUGCUUGUCGGCUUGCUUUUUCUUACUCUAUUUGGUAUGUCAGAGGCAGAAGCACGUUGAAAUGAGGACAAAGUAUGGCUAUUUCACUUAGGAGCUCUUGUUCUAGUGCUGUGACUAUACAUAUGGUAAUUAAAAGGAAUAGUUCACUUUGGGAAAAUGCACUUCUUCACUUUCUUACAGGGAGUCAGAAAAGACUAAUCUGCAUAACUGCUAUACGUUGUAGCUCAUUUGUGUACAACAAGCAAGUGUAACGACACCACCUCGCUGUUUAACGCAAGGGUGCUGACAGAUGAAAGCUGCGUUUCAUUCAACUCAGAAGUCUGAAAAUUUCCAAGUUGAACUUCCGAACUCCUCACUGGAAAGGUUCCACACAUUAACAAUGUCAUAUGCAGGCAAUCAACAUGGCUGACAGCAAGAAACUCAGCUUUUUAUGGCAGCAAGCAGCACAUGAAUGUUUAUGUCAGCUGAGCUUCACUGGAUACAUUGAACAAGUGACAGAGUUCGUCACACAUAUUUCACAUCAGUUUAGUAAGAAUAUUUCACGCAACAGCCUUACAUGUACGGUUAGAUGUUGUACACAGGCUAAGUAAUGUUGACUUUUUGUGGAUGCUGCCAUCUGACUGAUGUCAGAGCAUCUACUUUUACAUGAAAUUGGCCCAAGCCUCCCACGCAGAGCUCUCACCUCAGAAGCCAUUCCAUCAUACUUUUUCCGCAAAUUAGGUUGGAGAUUUUUAGUUCUGAGGUGUUUGCAGCGCAGUAUUAUCUCAUAAUUAUGAGAUAAUUUAUGCACACCUAAAUUAAAGUGUGUUGCACCCACACAUUUCUUACAGAGGGCUAAUUAUAGCAGCUAAAUAUUGACACUAGACAUAACUGCUGUGUAAAGGAUGGCCCGCUUGGAGCGACUACAGUAGCUAAUUGAAAACUGUCAGCAUAUUCAGGUAAAAUAUAACGGACUAGAGGUGUGGAUAUUUAUGGCAGUUAUCGAUUCAGGUGUGAACACAUAAUGAGGAUCACCUGCCAGCUGACCUAAGAAGGUUGUAGAAGUGCCAAGUCUGGAGGGCAGAAUGUAGUCAAAGAGGCAUUCAAAUUCACUAGAGCACUGGGAGAGUGACUCUCGCACUAAGAAGCCAACUGUAAUCCGUGCAACAUGUCAGAUGCUGCUGUUUCAAAAUGGCAGGGUUCCCAGAUGUGACUCAAGUACUCACGAUGCCCCCAGCAACCACGAGAAUAAAUAUGUAAAUGGUAACUUCACUGACGUUCUGCCAGAGAGUCAACAAGAGCAUUUCCCUAAAUGUUAAACUUUCUCUUUCUGUUGCCUGAUGUAAAUCAUAUGAGCAGGAUGUGUGGUGUUGUACAGACUGUUUUAUUCAUCCUAUAUCCUCCCUCCUCAGGUGAUGACUGAGAGCCUUCAAUCACACCAAUAAUAAAAGUACAGUAAUGCAUACAAAUACGCGUAGUGCGUCAGUCUACAGGAAGUUCUUUCCAGCUGGAUAAUGUAAACAUGUCUGUGUUUUCUCUCUGGUGAGAAGAUUUGCUCCAACUUUACCGUCAAGAAACUAAAUCCUCUUACUCUGCAGCCCAUUACACACAUUACAGCUGUGCUGCACAGUCUUGAUAUAUUUUUUGCUUUGUAAGUAAUGCAACGUCAGGAAAAAUCUGGGUACUCAUGGUGUCGAAAAUGCAUUUCCAUAAUAUAGCAAGGACUGCAUUUUCUCUUUCUCCUGCUUUUCUUUCUGUAAAUGGCAGAAGUUGCCAGAAUUCACUUCCCAUCAGGCUUUGCACUUAAUUUGUCCUAGUUUUCUAAAGACCAAUGUUAACAUGCAAUCUUUAAUAAAUAUGUCAUUUUUCUUACUCAA